UGUGUUUGUGAGGAUGUUAGCUAAGCUCUGCCUCUGAGGUUGGGGGAGAGAAAAAAGGGGGACGGUGCAACGUGUUUUGGGUCAUUGACGGCUCUUUUAUGAAUUUUGCUGAUCACUGCCUCAGCCGGACUUAAUGAAUGAAUAUUUAAAAACAACAUCAGCUUACUAACAGCCUGACUUGUUUUAAUUCUUGCACCGAGAGAGAGAGCACACCUCGACCCGGGACUACACACACUACACACCCUCCGCCCCCUCCCUUCCUGGACACCCCCGGUCCAUUCUCCAACAGUCCCACGUCAUUUUCCCUCCUCCUUCGCCAACCGAGGAGCAAGGUUUAGGAGGGAUUAAUUCGACCAGUGAGAAAUAAAAUAAAAACGCCGGGAAAAUGUCGGCCAGCGAGGAUGAGAGGGGAGACUUUGGAGUCGCGGAGGAGCACUCACUUCUGCACGAUGAGGACGAGCCGGAGGAUGCUGUGUCUGACGUAGAGGAGGUACCCAAGUCGAAGAAGAAAAAGAAAGCCAAGAAGAGCAGCCGCGAGAGCAGGAGCAGCAAGAGGCAGAGGCCCAUCAGAGAGGAAUUGCCAGUCAGCUCCCCAGAGCACCUGAUUGGAGUCGAGGCAGCAGAGAGAGAUGCAGAUGAGGCCGUUGUGCGGUCAGAGAGUGAAGGAAGUGAUUAUGCUCCGGGGAGGAAAAAGAAGAAACGAUCCAGCUCGGCCAAAGAGAAGAAGAAGGGGGCAGCGACAGAGAAAGGAGGGUCAUCCAGUUCUAAGAGCAAACGCAAAGAUCCAGAACCUGAUGAUGAUGAUGACGACGAUGAUGAUUGUCAGCCUAAAAGCUCCACUCAGCUGCUGGAGGCAUGGGGCAUGAAAGACAUCGACCACGUCUUUACUCAGGAAGACUACAGCUCCCUCACCAACUACAAGGCCUUCAGCCAGUUUGUUAGGCCACUAAUUGCAGCUAAAAACCCUAAAAUUGCUGUUUCGAAAAUGAUGACUCUGAUGAUGGCCAAGUGGAGAGAAUUCAGCACAAAUAACCCUCUUAAGGGCUGUGCCACUGCCAAUGCAGCACUGGCAGCUGCCAACGUGGCUGCAGCUGUAGAAAACAUGGUGGCAGCAGACGGCAGCGCUGAGGCUGGAGCUGCCACUUCACCUGCGUCUGCUCCGGUCGCUGCUGCUGCUCCAACACCUGCUACACCUCCCGCAGCUCCAGCACCUCCACUCCGCAAGGCCAAGACCAAAGAGGGCAAAGGUCCAAAUGCACGAAAGAAGUCAAAGUCUUCUGCUAAACCUCCACCAAAGCCCAAGCCUAAAAAGGUGGCACCGCUCAAGAUCAAACUAGGAGGCCUCAACAGCAAAAGGAAACGCUCCUCAAGUGAUGAGGAUGAGCCCGAUGUGGACAGUGACUUUGACGAGGGAGCUUUCUCUGUAUCUGAUGGUUCCAACCGUAGCAGCCGACCCAAGAAGAAGACCAAGAGUGCAAAGAAAAAGAAGAAAGAAACGGAAGAUGGCGACGGUUAUGAGACAGACCACCAGGAUUACUGUGAAGUGUGCCAGCAGGGAGGAGAGAUAAUUUUGUGUGACACCUGUCCCAGAGCUUAUCACAUGGUCUGUCUGGACCCUGACAUGGAAAAGGCACCUGAGGGCAAGUGGAGCUGCCCACACUGUGAGAAGGAGGGGAUCCAGUGGGAGGCCAGAGACGAUCUGUCUGAGGCCGAAGGGGAAGAUGAGGAAGACAGGAGGGAUGAAGGUGUGGAGGAGGAAGAUGACCACCACAUUGAGUUCUGCCGUGUGUGUAAAGAUGGAGGGGAGCUUCUCUGCUGUGACACCUGCCCCUCCUCCUACCACAUCCACUGCCUCAACCCUCCCCUCCCUGAAAUCCCCAAUGGAGAGUGGAUCUGCCCCCGCUGCAAGUGUCCACCGAUGAAGGGCAAAGUCCAGAAAGUUAUAACCUGGCGCUGGGGGGAGCCGCCUGCCCCCACGCCUGUUCCCAGGCCUGCUGACCUUCCUGCUGAUGCUCCUGAUCCCCCUCCUCUAGCGGGACGUAGGGAGAGGGAGUUUUUCGUCAAAUGGUGCAAUAUGUCUUACUGGCACUGCUCCUGGGUGCUGGAGCUUCAGUUGGAGCUGAACUGCCAAGUGAUGUUUCGUAACUACCAGAGGAAGACUGACAUGGACGAACCGCCACCUGUUGAUUUUGGAGGCGAAGGGGAUGAUGACAAGAGCACCAAGCGGAAGAACAAAGAUCCUUUGUUUGUUCACAUGGAAGAGGAGUUUUACCGCUAUGGGGUGAAGAUGGAGUGGCUGAUGAUCCAUCGUGUCCUCAACCAUAGUGUUGAUAAGAAGAACAACGUCCAUUACCUAAUCAAAUGGAGGGAUCUGCCUUAUGACCAGUCGACCUGGGAGAGUGAAGACAUGGACAUUCCAGAAUAUGACCCCUACAAACAAACCUACUGGAAUCACAGAGAGCUGAUGAUGGGUGAGGAGGGCAGACCUGGCAAGAAACUAAAGAAGCAAGUCAAAGUGAAGAAAGCAGAACGGCCGCCUGCAAAUCCAGUUGUAGAUCCCACCAUUAAGUUUGACCGGCAGCCUGAGUACCUGGACAGCACAGGAGGCACUCUGCACCCAUACCAGCUGGAGGGCUUGAAUUGGCUCCGAUUUUCUUGGGCUCAGGCCACUGACACUAUCCUAGCUGAUGAGAUGGGGUUAGGCAAGACUGUGCAGACUGCUGUUUUCCUCUACUCAUUGUACAAGGAGGGUCACUCUAAAGGUCCCUUUCUGGUUAGCGCGCCACUCUCUACCAUCAUUAACUGGGAGAGAGAGUUUGAGAUGUGGGCCCCUGACAUGUACGUGGUGACCUAUGUAGGAGACAAAGACAGCAGGGCCAUCAUCAGAGAGAACGAGUUUUCUUUUGAGGGAAAUGCCAUCAGAGGUGGAAAGAAGGCGUCCAAAAUGAAGAAAGACUCACCAGUCAAGUUCCAUGUCCUUCUAACGUCCUAUGAGUUGAUUACCAUUGAUCAGGCUGUGCUGGGUUCAAUUGAAUGGGCUUGUCUGGUUGUGGAUGAGGCACACAGACUCAAAAACAACCAGUCCAAGUUCUUCCGGGUGUUAAACAACUACCCGCUGCAACACAAGCUGCUGCUGACCGGCACCCCUCUACAGAACAACCUGGAGGAGCUUUUCCACUUGCUUAACUUCCUCACCCCAGAGAGAUUCAAUAACCUGGAAGGGUUUCUGGAGGAGUUUGCCGACAUCGCCAAAGAGGACCAGAUCAAGAAGCUCCAUGACAUGCUGGGACCACACAUGCUCAGGAGGCUGAAGGCUGAUGUCUUCAAACACAUGCCCUCCAAGACUGAGCUCAUUGUGAGAGUAGAGCUUAGCCCCAUGCAGAAGAAAUAUUAUAAGUUCAUCCUCACACGCAACUUUGAGGCUCUGAACACUCGAGGAGGAGGAAACCAAGUCUCUCUCCUCAACGUGGUGAUGGAUCUCAAAAAGUGCUGCAAUCAUCCCUACCUCUUUCCUGCAGCUGCCACAGAGGCACCCAAACUUCCAAAUGGCAUGUAUGAGGGCACUUCCCUGACCAAAGCUUCGGGGAAGCUGAUGCUGCUUCAGAAAAUGAUGAAGAAACUAAAGGAGGGAGGCCACAGAGUUCUGGUCUUCUCUCAGAUGACCAAAAUGCUGGACCUGCUGGAGGAUUUCCUGGAAAAUGAGGGUUACAAAUACGAGAGAAUUGAUGGAGGAGUCACUGGUAAUAUGAGACAGGAGGCCAUCGAUCGCUUUAACGCUCCUGGUGCCCCUCAGUUUGCUUUCCUCCUCUCCACCAGAGCCGGUGGUUUGGGAAUUAAUCUGGCCUCUGCUGACACUGUCAUCAUUUAUGACUCUGACUGGAACCCGCACAAUGACAUCCAGGCAUUCAGCAGAGCUCACCGUAUUGGCCAGAACAGGAAGGUGAUGAUCUAUCGCUUUGUUACCAAGGCGUCUGUAGAGGAGAGAAUCACACAGGUGGCGAAGAAGAAGAUGAUGCUCACUCAUCUGGUGGUUCGACCCGGCCUCGGCUCCAAGACAGGGUCCAUGUCAAAGCAGGAGCUCGAUGACAUCCUCAAGUUUGGCACUGAGGAGUUGUUCAAGGAUGAAAUUGGAGAAGGAGACAACAAAGAGGAUGACAGCAGUGUGAUCCAUUACGAUGACCAGGCCAUUGAGCGUCUGUUAGACAGGAACCAGGAUGCCACAGACGACACAGAGCUGCAGAGCAUGAACGAAUACCUGAGCUCCUUCAAAGUAGCCCAGUAUGUGGUCAAAGAUGAAGACGAUGAGAAGGAGGAGGUAGAGAGGGAGGUAAUCAAGCAGGAGGAGAGCGUAGAUCCAGACUACUGGGAGAAGCUGCUCCGCCACCACUACGAGCAACAACAGGAGGAUCUUGCUCGCAAUCUAGGCAAAGGCAAAAGAACUCGAAAACCGGUCAACUAUAAUGACGGCUCCCAGGAGGACCGAGGUAUAAGACAGGACUGGCAGGAAGAUCAGUCUGACAACCAGUCUGAUUACUCGGUGGCCUCAGAGGAGGGCGAUGAAGACUUUGAUGAACGGACUGAAGCCAAUGCCCGCAGACCAAACCGCAAAGGGCUGAGGAACGACCGGGACAAACCUCUGCCGCCACUGUUAGCCAGGGUGGGCGGCAACAUCGAGGUGUUGGGCUUCAACGCACGGCAGAGGAAGGCUUUCCUAAAUGCAGUGAUGCGAUAUGGGAUGCCUCCUCAGGACGCUUUCACCAACCAGUGGCUGGUCAGGGACCUCAGAGGAAAGUCUGAGAAAGAAUUCAAGGCUUACGUGUCCCUGUUCAUGCGUCACCUCUGUGAGCCUGGGGCCGAUGGUGCUGAAACCUUCGCAGACGGCGUCCCACGUGAGGGACUGUCAAGGCAGCACGUGCUUACUCGCAUUGGUGUGAUGUCGCUCAUAAGGAAAAAGGUGCAGGAGUUUGAGCAUGUGAACGGUCAGUGGUCCAUGCCCUGGAUGGCCGAGCUGGAGGAGAACAAAAGGGCUGCGGCUUUGGCUGCGGGUGAAGACCCCAAGACUCCGUCAUCCGGGACUCCUGCAGACACACAACCCAACACUCCUGUCCCAGAGGAUUUGUCUAAGUCUGAGGACAAAGAAGACAUGAAGAAGGAGGGAGAGGACAGCAAAGGACCCAAGAAGACAGAUGAUCCAGAGAUAAUUGAAAUCCCAGAUGAAUCUGAAAAAUCCCCAGUCAGUGAAAGGAAAGAAGGUGAAGCAGACCUUGCUGCAGGGAAGGAGGAGAAGGAGACAGGAGGUGCAGAUGAAGCCAAGGAGAAAGAAGCUGAUGAUUUGAGCAAAGACAAAGACGAUAAGUCAGCAGAGACGGCAGAAAAGGAAACUCUUGCAGAGGUCAAGGGUGAAGAAGGCAAGGCGGAUUCAGAGGACUUGAAAGCUGAUGAUGGCAAAGAGGAGAAGAUGGAUACCAGUUCAUCUACAGAGGAGAAGAAAGAGCAAAAAGAAGAGAAGGACGGUGUGAAAACUGAGGAAUCUGGCAAACUGCAGAAUGGAGACAACACCAAAGAAGGAGGAACAACGAUACCGGUGGUUAACGUCAGCGAAGAGAAGAAGAAAGCCACCAAGCAGAGGUUCAUGUUCAACAUCGCUGAUGGAGGAUUCACAGAGCUUCACUCUCUAUGGCAGAAUGAAGAGAGGGCAGCGACUGUUACCAAGAAGACCUUUGAGAUUUGGCACCGUCGCCAUGACUACUGGCUCCUGGCUGGCAUCAUACAACAUGGCUAUGCUCGAUGGCAGGAUGUGCAGAAUGAUGUGAGGUUUGCCAUUCUCAAUGAACCCUUCAAAGGAGAGAUGAGCAGAGGAAACUUCCUGGAGAUUAAGAACAAGUUUUUGGCUCGGAGAUUUAAGUUAUUAGAGCAGGCGUUGGUGAUAGAGGAGCAGUUGCGCAGAGCAGCCUACCUGAAUAUGACCGAGGACCCUGCUCAUCCCUCCAUGGCUCUCAACACACGCUUCAGUGAAGUAGAAUGUCUGGCUGAGUCCCAUCAGCACCUCAGCAAGGAGUCCAUGUCUGGAAACAAGCCUGCCAACGCAGUACUGCAUAAAGUUCUCAAACAGCUUGAAGAACUGCUGAGUGACAUGAAGGCUGACGUCACACGUCUCCCAGCAACUAUCGCCAGGAUACCCCCUGUUGCCGUGCGUCUCCAAAUGUCCGAAAGGAACAUCCUGAGCCGAUUAGCGAGUCGUGGGCCAGACGUCACCGCUCAGAGCCAGUCGCAGACCUCGCAGCAGAUGCAGGUGCCGCGCUGACCGGUGGAAUCACACAUUUCACACUCAGACUGAGGACCAACGGCCUCAGCCCACCACCAUGUAGCAGACGACCCCCCCAACCACCAUGUACAGCACAGUCUGGUCAGUCCUCGCUCUACACCCACAACCAUCCUUGGACUCAGAAGAGUAUCCGCUGGGCUGUUGGAUUAAAAGACUGGAAACUGUAGACGUGUGACAGGAGCCAAUGAAGGAAUCACUUCUUUUUCUGCUGCAGUCUAGAAACUGUUCUCUCUCUUCCACUGGGAUUCAGAUCUAACUCCUCUAACCUGAACACUGUCGUCAUAAGUGAACUGCGGGGCAGCUCUUUGACUGUCCCAUUCCGUCUUUACAGCAGGGUCAAACGUGUGUAAUUAUAUGUAUCACGAAGCUAAAGAGGCUAGACAUGAGAAAAAGCAGCAUGUUUGGAGUUUACUGGUGCUUUGUAGUAAUUUUUGGAUUAAAAAACAAAUUCAAGGGAUUUUAUUGUUCUCAUUUAGGAAAUUGUGAAAUUUUCAACUUUUCAUUUAUGUCAUUCAACGUUGAUGUCCUCACCUGUAGAUGUGUGUGGAGAGAGUGUGUGUGUGUGUGUGUGUGUGGUUGUUUUCCAGUAUGUGUGUAAAAGAACACAGGGCAUAUAGAUGUGCGUCUCUACUGCAGAAAAAAUGCCCCUGACACUGAGAGACUGUUACUGUCACUUUUCUACCAGUCAGUCGAACUUCUUAUUACCUCUUCCUGCGUCCUUGCCUCCAUCCCACCUGGUUUAUCAAGUGAGAUCUGUCAGUGCCCACCCCCCACCCCCCAACAAACACCUCGACAUUCCUCACUGCACCACAGAUUUUCUCCCUGGAAACUCUCCUGUGUUUGCAGAAAUAAAGAUGAACGAUAUCUCCACUGCUUUUAGGUGCACAGGAAGAUUUUGACAAUGAUGGCAAUCUUAAGUUUAUUUAAUUUCUUAAUGUCUGUUAUAUUAUUUUACAUUAUUGUAAUUAUUAUCACCUUGUUUUUAUCAUUGCUGUUUGUUUGUAUGGACCACAAUAAAAGGUUGACAGUU